UGCGCUGCUGAGAAAGAUGGGGCCCCCUUCCCACCGCCAGAAAGCAGCAAAAGGCAACAGAGGGCGACAGAGACGGGUUUCGCCUGCUGCUUCAACCCGGAAAGGAGACACGCAGGAGAGCAACGGAAGAGACAUUCUUAAAUUGGAGCCUGCGGCGGCUGAAUAUUUCCACCAGGCACAUGAAACCUUGAAGUCUGGCUUUGCCUCGGAUGAGGAGAAAGGUCUCUUUGUCAGCAAUGUCCUGGAGGAGGCCGUGGCCGUGACCUUGCCGUUAGCCCUGGAUCCCUCGGGUUCUCUGCUCCUCCAGGCCCUGCUUCCUUCUGCCUCAGCGCCCAGUUUGGCUGCUCUGCUCCGGGCCCUGCUCCCUUCCCUGCGCCUGGUUGCUUGCCACCCCUGUGGCGCCCACAUCUUGGAGGCCGCCCUGUGGAGGGCCCCGCUUCUGAUCUCGGAAGGAGGGGAGGAGGCCGGAGUGCUGGAGAAGCUCGUCCUGGAACUGGGGAAGAGCCUGCAGGAGGACCUGCGCACGUUUGCCCUGGACGCUCACGCCAGCUUUGUGGUGCGGACCCUGCUGCAGGCGCUCGGAGGGGCCCGAGUCGGGUCGGAUGGGGGCCGGGGGCUCCCGGGUUCAGGGCCUCUUCGUUCCAGGGCCCAGAGAGCGAAGGUGGGGAGCGAAGGACCAGGGGUGUUUGAGGUCCCGGAUAGCUUUACCUUGCUCCUGCGGGAAUUCAAAGGCUGCCUCCAGGAAUGCAUUGCAGAUUUCGUUACCAACAAAUGUUUCGGCCUUUGCCUCCAGGUGGCGCUGGAGGUCCUGCACAGGAAGCUGCCUGCAGAUUGCGCUGAGCUCUGCCGGGCAGUGAUUGGCUACCUGAGCAGCUGCAACCCGGCCGCUGGGCAAAGCAGCCUCCUGGUGUUUCUGAAGGAUGCGACCUGCAGCCGGGUACUGGACAAAGUUCUGGAGGUGUCAGACGUGAAGGCGCUGCGCUCCUUCUACAGGGCUCACGUGAAGGGGCAGCUGCGCGUGUUGUCCGUCCACAAGGUGGCCAAUUUUACCUUGCAGCGGCUCAUCCAGGCAGCCUCCUGCAAACUGCUGGGGCAGCUUUUUCAGGAGCUGGGCCCGGGCUUGGAAGAAAUCAUGGCCCAGGAGCAUCUCGGCAUCGUCACCGCGCUCCUGGGGGCCUGCCGGAAACAGGGUACCCACCAGCCGGAGGUGCUGCGGACCAUCCUGGAGGCGUUUCACUGUUGGGAGCCCCACUCCCGCCAGCUGGCCUGCGCCCCCCUGAUGGCCUCCAUGCUGGCUUACGAGGUCUGUUUCGGUGAGGGGGAAAAGGAAGGUCUGUCACAGGAGCAGGCGGGCGCAUCGCCAACCCUGAGCGCCGUCUCCUACCACGGCUCCCUGGUGCUGCAGCAUCUCCUGCACUUUGCGGACCCCUCCCUCGUGCUGCGCAGCUUGGCCGCCAUGCCCCCCGUGGACCUGGUCACGCUGGCUUGCGAUCCCGCCGGGAGCCACGUCUUCGACGCCCUCCUGGCCAGCCCCUCCGUCCCCGAAAAGCCGAGGCGCAGAGUGUUGCGCCAGCUCAAGGGCCACUACGUGUCUCUCGCCUGCUCCAAGCACGGGAGCCGUGUCCUGGAUGCCAUCUGGAGCAGAGCCGCCCUGCCAGCCAAACGAGAGCUGGCUCAGGAGCUGGGUAAGGCCCCUGUUUCCUUUCUUCCCCUCCCCUUGUUCCCCAGAGAUGACCUUGCAAAUGAAUGGGCCAUCCAGGGGCAGAGGAAGUGGGCAUUCUCUGCUGUCUGGGCUGGUCAGACCGGGUCAUCUCAUCCUGCCCCCCAACCCCCCUCCUUGCAAAACAUGUCACAGAUGAGCAGAUUGUGGAAGAAACACCCGUUUUGCCCUUCCUCUGUUUUGGGGACAGACAAAGCAACUUUGGGAAAGGGUCCUUGGCGUAAGGGGUGGCUCGCUGCCCUUGGGGAAUCUGGCGCGCGCUCUGGCCCUGGCUGAGUUCGUACGUCGUGCUGAGCCUGGCUUGCUUAAGCUCAGCGCAGGGAUGCAACCACUGUGGAGGGGUUUAUUCAGGUAGAGAGUGCACAAGGCUGCCUAAUGCGUAACAGGGCAGGCCAUAAAGCAGAGCUGCCCACCUCCAGUGGCUGGGUUCACACGGCAUGCUAAGGUGCAGCCAGACAGAGGGCGCUUUGGCUGAGCGUCACCUGUGGACCCAGUCUCUGGGCCAGGCGAAGGUUAUCCGUUUCUCGGAGACCUUGUUCGUGCCUUGCGAUCAUUCCCCAAAGGGCUGGUCUGGCAUUCCCAGAGCCAGCUCAGCUCCUGAAGCCCCCCUCUCUUCUCCCCA